AUGCUGGCAGAGGCUCUGCGAUCACUGCUCGGGCGCGUGUCCGCCAGGCCGGGGGCGACACCACCCAUCAGUGUCACGGAAGGGCCUUCCUAUCAGGAGAUAGGCGAGUGGCUGGAGACAUGGAGGAUAGACGCAAGGGUUCCGCCGCAAUGCACCGACGCGGCGCAGCCGGGCCCGGCGCAGGAUGCAACGCGCGCGCAACUCCACGAGGGAGGGCAGGCGGCGGCCGUCGACGGCGCCCCGAGGAGCACGGCCUUGAUUGCGGAGGGGGACUUUUGCGCGUACAGGAACAUGGCCGACGCGGCGCUGCGGGCCAAGAACGACGUGCUGGGGGCGAUGGCGCGACGUCUCGAGGAGGCGGAGGCAGAGCUCGACGCUUUGCGGGGGCAGCUCGUCGUCCAGGCGCGCGCCGCGACGCAGGAUGACGCCACUGAGCCCCCCGGGGACUCUCUCACCGGCGCGGGGAGCGCACACGGCGCGGGGGCGGAGGUGUCCCGGCACAGGCGGAACGGAUCCAUGGCGGGCGAGGAGGAGGCGACCAUGGACCUCCUGCAAGGCCAACUUCAGGCGCUGUUGAGAGAGAAGCAAGCCCUCGCGGAGCAGAACUCGCAGCUGUCGAUCGGCCUGGCAUCACUGCUGCAAGAGAGAGAGAUGAUGUGCGACGCCCUGGCCGAGUACCAAACAGUCCAUCUCCCGCGGUUCUCGGAGCUGCAGCUCGAGCUAGCCAUCGCCAACGCGCAGGUCGCCAUCCACCGCGAGGAGAUCGCCGAGCUCACGCGGCUUGCGACGCCAGCGGCCUUGCAGCGCAUGGAGACGUCCAGGACGCUCCAGCGCCUGCGGUCCCAGCACGCGUCGCUGGUCGCGAGCCUGAUAGAUGGAGCGGACGGCACCAGCGAGCCCGGCAACGCUCCGUCGCCGCUCCCUGAGACGCCAGAACCGCCACAGAGCCAUGCGUCUCGAGGGCCGGAGGCCGUGCCCAAGCGGCUGGAGGCCGACUUGAUGUCCCUGCGGGCGUGA